AGUUGGAGCCGGGCUGCCCGCGCGCUCCCCAAGCCGGGCCCUUCCCCAGAUGCAGCCGCGCGCCGGCCGCCCCCCAGUGCGCCGGUGCCUCCCCGGGCGCCGAGUGCGCAGGCGCCGGCCGUGAAGACCGACCGUGCGCCGGGCUCGAGCGCGGUCUGAGCGCGCGGCGCCUGCAGCGGCGGACGGACGGACGGACGGACCGCGGACGGAUGUACUGACCCCAACCCGCGAGCCCCGGGAGCCGUCGGUCUGAGGAGGGGCCGCUUCGCCAUGUCGCCCCGCACCUGCUGAGCCCGGAGCGUCCGAGGAUGUCCGCGCUGAGGAAGGUUUUGCCUGGCAUUCUGCAGAAGCAUUGCUGUAUCUUACCAGACAGGAAUACAGAGUCGCAGUGCACGCUCUGCGGGGAGCCGGAAGAGGAAGAAGCUGGAGACCUGGUCCAGCCGGGCAUCAGCUUUCCGGGGCCGGCAGAGGAGGAUCUAGACCCGCAGUACUCAUGGUCGCCCACGCAGCACUUCAAUGAGGAGCGCUACUCGCCCGCGCCCAGGAGCAUGAAGGGCCUUUCCGGAAGUCGGACCCAGCCGCCGCUGUGUUCCGGGCACACGUGUGGUCUGGCGCCCCCAGAGGAUUGCGAGCACCUGCACCACGGGCCCGACGCGCGGCCGCCCUACCUGCUGAGCCCCGCCGACAGCUGCCCCGGGGGGCGCCACCGCUGCUCGCCGCGCAGCUCGGUGCACUCGGAGUGCGUGAUGAUGCCGGUGGUGCUGGGCGACCACGUGUCCAGCAGCACCUUUCCGCGGAUGCACUACAGCUCGCACUACGACACGCGCGACGACUGCGCUGUGGCCCACGCGGGCGCCAAGAUCAACCGCAUCCCGGCCAACCUGCUGGACCAGUUCGAGAAGCAGCUGCCGCUGCACCGGGAUGGCUUCCACACGCUGCAGUACCAGAGGACGUCCGCGGCCGCCGAGCAGCGCAGCGAGAGCCCCGGGCGGAUCCGCCACCUGGUACACUCCGUGCAGAAGCUCUUCACCAAGUCGCACUCGCUGGAGAGCUCCUCCAAAAGCAACGCCAACGGCACCAAGGCGGACGGCCGGGCGGACGACCACCACCACGCCCACCACGCCAAGCACAGCAAGAGGAGCAAGAGCAAGGAGCGCAAGCCGGAGGGCAAGCCCCGGCCCGGCAUGAGCAGCUGGUGGAGCUCGGACGACAACCUGGACAGCGACAGCACCUAUCGGACGCCCAGCCUGCUCAACCGGCACCACCUGGGCCCCGUGGCCCACUGCUACCCCGACGCGCUGCAGAGCCCCUUCGGGGACCUGUCCCUCAAGACCUCCAAGAGCAACAACGACGUCAAGUGCUCGGCCUGUGAGGGGUUGGCGCUGACGCCUGACGCCAAGUACCUGAAGCGCAGCUCCUGGUCUACGCUGACGGUCAGCCAGGCCAAGGAGGCCUACCGCAAGAGCUCGCUGAACCUGGACAAGCCGCUGCUGCACCAGGACGCCAAGCCCGCCCUGAGGCCGUGCCACUACCUCCAGGUACCUCAGGAUGAGUGGGGAGGGUACCCCACCGGUGGCAAAGAUGAGGAGAUUCCCUGCAGGAGAAUGAGAAGUGGGAGUUACAUUAAAGCCAUGGGGGACGAGGAGAGCGGAGAGUCAGACUCCAGCCCCAAGACAUCACCAAAGUCGGCAAUCCUACCGGAGCCGCUGCUGAAGUCCAUCGGACAGAGACCGCUUGGAGAGCACCAGACCCAGACCUACCUGCAAGCUGCAAGCGACGUGCCUGUGGGACACAGCCUGGACCCCGCUGCGAACUACAACUCCCCGAAAUUCCGCUCCCGGAACCAGAGCUACAUGAGGGCCGUCAGCACCCUGAGCCAGGCCAGCUGCGUGAGCCAGGUGAGCGAGGCGGAGAUCAAUGGGCAAUUCGAGUCCGUGUGCGAGUCCGUCUUCAGUGAAGUUGAAUCUCAGGCCAUGGAUGCCCUCGACCUCCCGGGAUGUUUCCGAACAAGGAGUCACAGCUACCUUCGAGCCAUUCAAGCCGGCUACUCCCAAGAUGACGAAUGUAUUCCCAUGAUGACACCCUCCGACAUCACCUCCACCAUCAGGUCAACAGCAGCUGUCUCAUAUACAAAUUACAAGAAAACGCCCCCACCGGUGCCCCCGCGGACCACCUCCAAGCCUCUGAUCUCGGUGACGGCGCAGAGCAGCACCGAAUCCACCCAGGACGCCUACCAGGACAGCCGCGCACAGAGGAUGUCCCCGUGGCCCCAGGACAGCCGCGGCCUCUACAACUCCACGGACAGCCUGGACAGCAACAAGGCCAUGAACCUCGCGCUGGAGACGGCCGCUGCCCAGCGCCACCUGCCCGAGAGCCAGAGCAGCUCUGUGCGGACCAGCGACAAGGCCAUCCUGGUGUCCAAGGCGGAGGAACUCCUCAAGAGCCGCUGCUCCUCCAUCGGGAUUCAGGAUUCUGAAUUCCCAGAGCAUCAGCCAUACCCAAGGUCAGAUGUGGAAACGGCCACAGAUUCUGACACGGAGAGCCGCGGUCUGCGGGAAUACCACUCUGUCGGGGUGCAAGUGGAAGAUGAGAAGCGACACGGACGUUUUAAACGUUCUAACAGCGUCACGGCCGCCGUCCAAGCUGACCUGGAGCUGGAGGGGUUCCCAGGCCACAUCACCAUGGAGGACAAAGGCCUUCAGUUCGGCUCAUCCUUCCAGCGGCACUCCGAGCCCAGCACCCCCACCCAGUACAGCGCGGUGAGAACUGUACGGACCCAGGGGCUCUUCAGCUAUAGAGAAGACUAUCGGACCCCAGUGGACACCUCCACUCUGCCCCCUCCAGACCCCUGGCUGGAGCCCGCCAUCGACACGGUAGAGACUGGGAGGAUGUCUCCGUGCCGCAGGGAUGGCUCGUGGUUUUUGAAGCUGCUGCACGCAGAGACAAAGAGGAUGGAAGGCUGGUGCAAAGAGAUGGAGAGAGAGGCGGAGGAGAAUGACCUCUCGGAGGAAAUUCUCGGUAAAAUCAGGAGUGCUGUUGGGAGUGCCCAGCUUCUCAUGUCCCAGAAAUUCCAGCAGUUUUAUUGGCUUUGCCAACAGAAUAUGGACCCCAGCGCCAUGCCGAGGCCGACGUCGCAGGACCUGGCCGGCUACUGGGACAUGCUGCAGCUCUCCAUUGAGGACGUCAGCAUGAAGUUCGAUGAGCUGCAGCGGCUGCGGCUCAACGACUGGAAGAUGAUGGAGUCCCCGGAAAGAAAGGAAGAAAGAAAGGUCCCGCCUCCAAUACCAAAGAAGCCUCCCAAAGGGAAAUUUCCCAUCACAAGAGAAAAAUCCCUGGACCUGCCCGACAGACAACGCCAGGAAGCCCGGAGACGACUCAUGGCCGCCAAGCGAGCGGCGUCCUUCCGGCAGAAUUCUGCCACCGAGCGCGCGGACAGCAUCGAGAUCUACAUCCCCGAGGCCCAGACCCGGCUCUGAGGACGGAGGCCGGCCACCUUCCCCUUGGGUGUUUCUGCUUUUUCACAAAACGCUUGUACAGUUUGUUGCCUCCCUGGUGGUUUCUGUCUCCUUCCUUCCACUGAACAUGCCCUUGCUCUUACGCUCCCUGUACCGUGAACACAGUGGAAUGCGGUCGGUGGCCUCAGAGUCCACGGAGCUCGUGGCGAGGACGACUUUUGCUUUUUUUUUUUUUUUUUUUUUUUUUUAACGGGUGGCCUGGCUCACACUUGGCUCUGAGGGACAGGUGUGGUGAGACCUGAUUUCUCCUCCGUGUUCUCAGAGGACGGCGAGAAAUGCCUCUGGAGCUGGAACCCAGCUUACAUUUUGUUAUUUCUAUUUUUAUAAAUUGUGUGAUAAUUAGAGGUAAGAAGAACAAAUAACUAUAAAUGGGUGCAUCUCACCACUCCCUAGAGGCAUUAGACACCCAAGUGGAAGGUGCUACAACCUGAAGUGCAGGAAAGAAAGGCCCAUUCCCCUCGCACAGCCGAGCUUUUACCCAGAGCACAGGUGGCCCGUCCGCCCGCUCCACUCUCCUGCUCCUGUCCGUCACAGAUAGAAAACAUGAGGCUCCUUGUGUCAAGCUUCCUGUGAUGGAAAGUGACUUCUCCAACCACCAAACUCCCCGCCAUACAGUUCUCCAACAUCCCAGGCGAUGACAAGUCUGAACCCACGAAAAUACCCAGCACAGCAUCUACACAUUCAAAAGAUAAGCUGAGUGUUCCCACAAGGAAGUCACGCGCAGAGAGGAGAGUCUUACGGAGGGCUGGGAGCAUAAAAGGAAAACAAUGUCCUUACUUCUAAACAGUUAUUGUAUUUUUUAUUUCUUUGUAACUUAAAAUACGACACCCAGUAUUUUCUUUAAGUUUCACCAUUUACGCUACAUGUGAUUUUUUUCAUGUAUGUAUAUAUAUAUUCUCAAAUUGCUCUAUCAGCUGACUUUUCAGGGUAUCCUUAAAAAAAAACACACACACACGAAAAACAAAAGUUUGCUUGUUUAAAAUGACAGUUGUGAUGUAAAAAGUUUAAGAAAUAUGAAUGUGAGUGGUAAGUAUAUCUCAGUUUAAAUGGUAAAGAAGAAAUGUAGUUUACAUUUGUAUUUUUCCAGAAUUCUUUUGUCCUAUGCAGUAUUGCUAAAGUCAAGAAUAUAUUCCUUGCCUGUGUUAGACAUGAAGGGAAAAAGAGGUCACAUAUUGUGAUUUCCAGCUGUAGCAUUCAAAAAAAAAAUUGGUGUUCAUGACUCUGUGGUCGGUGCCAGAGGAAAAUAGGAACGACUCUAAUUAAUAGGCUUUCUGUGUAUAUAAUUAAAUUCAGCUGCUGCGACCAUUGUUCUGACACGACUUCUGUUUCACAGUUCAGACCAGUCUUCAAAGGAAAAGCCUAUCCGAUUUUUCCAUGGGUUCCAGUUUCAGAGUUCUCAUUAUUACUCAAACUAAAAGCCGACUGCGAUUUAAGAUGUUUCCACCCCAAUACCUGGUCUUCCUUCCCGGCUUAAGGAGUACCAUGUACUUAGCCACAGGCAGAACAGCUUUCGAUGACCCCAUAGCACUUUGUUUCUUCACCUUGAUUUGCACUUUACAAUGUCCCCAGCCCCUCUGCAGCCCGUGGCUGGCAGGGCGUUCGAUGUGCGGUUGCCCCCCAGCGCGCCCUCCAGAGCUGCGGUGUCUCCCCUGCCUCAUUCCCCACAUCCCACUGAGCAUGGGACCAUUGGGAGCAGAGCUGAUAUUAAAGCAUGUUUAGCUUCGAUGUUUUACUUUUUUAAAGCUGAGUAGUUAAGAAUUCCCUGUAAAAACAAAACCCUGUAAAUUGAGCCUCAUGUCUGGUAUAUAUUUUACCAAACAGCCUUAAAAUAUAUUUGGAAGCAAAAAUCAGUACGAAUGUAUCUCCUUGAAAAAUGCAAAAAAAAAAAAAAAAAUCCCUGAAAUAUUCUUCUAUAAAUGAAUCCUAUUUCCCCAGAGUGUUCAAGGCAUUUUUCUACCUAAAUAAAUACCUAAAUCUUGAGUAGUGUACAGUAAUGACGCUUCUUCCUGUAUCCACUCUUAUUAUGUUAAAACAAAUGUAUUUGCGAGUAUUGGCAUUUUAGACUUUAAAAAUGCUGUAUGAUUUCAGAUGAACUCCGCUGUUUAGAAGUAACCACAGAAAAGCAAAGUCAGUGUACACUCCGAGUGAAAGGAAAUGUAAUGUUGAUAAAGGCCCGCCACCUCCUCACAUUGAUCUAUCUACUGGCAGCUGAUAUGUUUAACUCAUUUCCUUGAGCUUAUACAAAACAUAGAAAAGCAAACUGUUAAAGUAGACAAUAAUUAUUUGUCUCAGAUCCCAGAUUCUAUGAUCCCUGCUUAAAAGAAAAUGUUCACUGCAUGUAGGUUGAUUUCUUAUGUUUUGUAGACUCAUUGUUAUUUUUCAAUCCCCAAAAGUCUUGGCCUAAACCAUCCCUAGGUGAGCAGAUUAACCUACCACUACAUUGCACAGGGGUUGGUGACUCGACGUGGUGAAUGUGCACUCGCCCUGCCUGGUCCGCCAUGUUCCAAAGAAGAUGAUUUAAUGGUAGAACGGAUACCUGCUGCUAGACCUGAUGGAAUGUUACCUGUCCGUGUUACAUAAUCAAGUGCAAUAUACUCAGUUCUCAUGCAGGUGACAUUCUACCAUGAAACGCAGAAGAUAAGCCAUGUUUCUGUAUUGUACAUGUAAAGAAAAAUAAAACUGUUUAUGAUACUUGUGUUAGUCACUCGAGCUAGCUUAUUUCAGCCACUUCUAGCAGAUCAUGCCAUGGAGCUCACGACGUGUGACCAUUUCGUCAUAUUUAAAAUAUAACUUCAAGAAAAGAGUAAGCAUCCAUUGGAGAACACGGCUGAAAAUUAUUGUGCUGUUCUAGGAACAUCAUCCUAGAGAGUGUGAUGUUCACUAUAACCCCAUACCUACAUUCCCUAAUGAUACAGCCAAUGACAGGUGAAACCCAGACACUCUCCUUAGAGCCGACAGGUUGCUCCUGCUGUGUUGAAGGCUGUGGUUAAUAAAACACAAGUAUGAUAAACAGGACCUAGCGUUUAGCCUGGGAAAGGAGAAUGCUGCUUGUCACCUAGAGUGCUUUCCUUGUGAUGCGUCUCUCGCAUCUUCGCGUGUUGUUGUGUUUGAAGUAAAACUAGUUGUUAUCAAUGACAAUUUUUACCAUAGUUUUCUCAGCAAAUUUAUAUCACCAUCUUAGAAUGGUAUAUAAAAAAAUUGAACUGUUUAUGAUACCAAAAAAAUUACAGUUUUGUUUAAAAGGAAAUGUUGAUGUUUUCAACUCCAAAUCAAUUCUAAAAACUUCAAGCACUUAAUGGAAAGGUAAAUGGUCAGAUAAAAAUAUAAUUACCUGUAAGGUUAUCUGGUUUUAAAAGAAAAAAAAAAGGCUACAAAAUCAGUGACCUACUAAGUAGAGGGAAUUUUUCCCUGCUGCUUCUUAUUAAAGUGGCCAGGUUUAUGAUUAGAAGACACAGUGGCAGAGCACACAUGUGCACAGGUUCUGAUUAUUUCUCUUGGAGCAUAUGUCUUUGUCUUGAUUUUUGCCUUUUCGAUGCCAUAUUAAGCAGCCACCGUUUCCACCCCUUUCAUUAGGAGGCCCUGCAUCCGUAAAUUCGCUCAUCUCUGUUUUUGUUAGAUCCUCGUAAGCAUCGCUACCCCAGUCCAGGAUGGAAUUUCACAGGAAAGUGAAGGGAUACUGCAGGCCUGUGUUUGCAGCGCCUGUGGUGACUGUGGAAUGAGCUCUGUUAGGGACAGUUGUCUGGUUUGCGCCAAACCUUCUGGGGGAGAGUAGGGAGUGGGGGAGGUGGGUCCAAGUCUUCCUCAGGAAGGCCUUUUCUAUCGGCAGCAAUUCCAUCAAGCCAAGCCAUCCUGUGGUCCUGAGCAUGAAGGGGCCAGGGGACCUCCUGGGAGAUGCAGCUUGUGUUUCAGCUGCGUUUCAUCAGUCUGCCUUGUUUGGGAUUCUGGCAGGUUCCCCGGGGUGUUUCAGCGGACAGGAGGCCCACGUGCCGUGGCUGAGUCAGCCUGGGUACCCCAGUCACCAGCAGGGCCAUCCUUGAUGACAGGGCCCCCCACAAACCUGGGAAAGGCAGCGGGAAAUGUGUGAGAGGGUGUGCGCUGGUACGGACAUAAAAGCAUUGUCCAAAACAGCGCUGGUUCGGGGAGGGCCCCUGGAUACUGCCUUUGGCCCACACUGAAAACUGGAAUUGCCCCACCUGUGAGCACAGAAACACGCUUCUCCAACACAGGCCGAAAUAACUAAACUCCACAUGGUUCCUGCCUGCUCAUUUCCCAGCCCUCUUCUUCUCAAGCCUGAACUUCAUUUUUUUUUUUUUUUUUUAGCUGCAAAUUUAACAGGCUAAUUUAAAACCGCAGUUUUCAGACGACAGCCCCUGGGAAUGUUCCAGGGUUCUCUUGUUUUGAUCUGCAUGUCUGUUUACACUUCUCUGUAGGCGUGGGUUGAAUACAAGGUUCCAAAACUUUAAAAUAGAAAACCACGAGCUUAAGAGAUGAAAGAGAUGACCUCUUUCUGAUUAGGAUCCGUAACUCUGUGGGCUGGGGCAAUGCAGUGUGCUUCAUUCAGCGCCGUGUCAGCCAUGACACACACCACAUAAGGUCAGCUCAGAGCCCAUGGCUUCCCUGCAGGAGCCCCAUCUUGUCGCUAUUAGUUGGGAGUUGCAAUACAUUGUUGGCCAUAAACAAAGUGCUAAAGGAAAGGGUUUGCUUCUACGCAUUCAGCUGAAUGUCCCCCAGUGCAGGGUGGCAGCAGAAUGUUCUGGAAAUGAAGGAGAUAUUGCUAGGAAUCUCUAGGCUGUUAGGCAACCUGGCUUUUAUUCAUCCUCAGCCAGCAACUCAUCUCAAGUUUAUGUCUCAGUUUUUUCCUCUAGAAAGGGGAUUACAGUUCCUGUCCCUGUCUUCCUCCAGGACACAUUGUGAGGAUUAAUGACAUAUUGGCUCUGAAGUCCUUUGAGCUCCUGGGAACAGGUGGUGAAAGUGUGACUUAUUGCUAAGGAUUAGUCCCUGGCCUCUUCCAGAAUGCCGCCCUCCCAGCUCUGCAGGGCACGCUGCCAAAAUCCAGGCUGGUCCUAAACAUCUCAGAGAUAAUCAGGGACCACCAGAGGCAGAGUCCAUGAGACUGUCUUUGGAAAGGUUUGGAAAUGCAGAAAUAACUACAAGGGCCAUUCUCCUUAGCUUCUGGCUUUCAACUGUUUCUAGAUGCUUCCAAGAACAAGAACCCAGCACCAACCAGAAUUAGGCCACGUUUUCACCAUUACUUAAGCUCAAUUGCCUCUUAGAUGAAAUGAGGAGAUAAACUAAACAUUAAAAUGAUGAAGGAAAAAAAAUUAUUUGGAAGCAGAAAACCGCAUGGGUGGGGAAACAGCAGGAACGAAAUCAGACACACUGACUCAAACCACAGAAGGGUUUGAGAAGCCCACCGCUCUAAUUCCAGGUGUUUGUAAUUUCUCUACUUCGCACUUGACAGAAGGCAGAGGUGGUCCGUGGGAAAGCUCCGGGAAAUAACCGUCUUUCAUCCUUGCCACAUUGAAAAAUGUCCACAAUUUUAUGAAUUGCUGUCCUAACCCUGGCGUUUUUAUCCAGUGUUAAAAUAAAUUAUUUCAAGUUUCAAUGUAAACACUUAACAGAUGACUACUUUGCAGAAGAAAUGUUCGUUACCUACUAUCAAACUACUUUUUAACAGAUUUUGUAUAUACACACACAAGUUGACAGAGGUUUACCUCCCUACUUUCUUAGAUUUUAUGUAACUCUUUUCAUUGGUGCUUAUUCAGAACCUGAAAGCCUUGGGCAUCCAAGCUUUCACCUACUCAAUGGAGGAGAGGUGAUAAUGAAUGAAAAGAUUGACACCAGGUUUCUUGGACAAAUUUAAGUUCAAAUUUAUCUCUUUCAAGUAGACCAUGGUCUCCCUAGAGAGUGUGUUGGCUUGUGUCUGCCAGUACGACAAAGGAUGCUCCCAGCUUGAUCGUGGUACCUUAUGGAAGCCACUCACGCAUUCUCUGAUUUACCCCCAAAACACUACCAUGCCCCAGCCCCACUCAUUUGAAUAAUACAAUCAUAUCACUUUCAAAGGGCUCAGCACGAAUGUUCCCCUCACUCCACUUUUUAACUGGUUUGCUGAACUCGACAAGGCUUCCCCUUACGAGCAGUGAGACCUAGGCUCCUUUUGAACGCUUCCUUCCGAACGGUAAGCCACUUUGCUCUCGGGCAGGACAGGUCCUCCCUGCAGAGAGAGACAACUCAUCCCCCGACCUUCCAUACUACAGACCAAAAUACCCAGGUGUGGCCUAAGGACUAUACUAAAUGCCUCCUAUAGAAAUUCAAGGAAUGUUAGAACCAGGAAACUAGCUGUUUAAAGUUUUAAAGAAGUAUAUAAAUAUAUAUAUAAAUAUAAAUAUGAAACCAUAUCGAGUGUGAGGAUGAACAGAGUGCCAAAUAUUCAGCAUCUGUACAAAGUCAUUCACUGGAAUUCAACUAUUUUAUGUAAUUCUCUUUCUCACACUUUUAUGGUUCUUUUGAUAAAUUCUAUUUAGUAGCAUGCAGGAUACCUAAUCUGAAUGUGCAAUAUGCUAUUCAUCACCACGACAAUUUCUUACUUCUUCUUAAUAACUUACCAGAAUGUUGAUCAUUCCUUUAAGGCAUUUAAGGAUUGCUUUAUUUGUGUUCUUUUUUCCCAUGAUUUUUUUUCACUCUCAGCUGACUGUAAGAAACUGCGCACCGUUUCCGCCAUAACCGUCCUGUGUUGAUGCCUCCAUUUGACUUCUGUAUCGCUGAUGUUCACCUCCUGUAAAUAGUUCGGCAAUUAAAUUUUUUGAGAAAAGUAAUGUUUACUUUUUUA